AUGAUUCCAGAGAGGGAGUGGAAGGACCUGGUGUUGGAUGGAAAGGAUAAGACUGCAAAGAAAAAAGGAGAGACACCAUCGGGCCAAGGAAGGAUGCUCGACACAUCGAAGGCAACAAAGGCAAGACUAGAAAAAUGCGAGCACCACAAACUUGGGUUUGGUGGUUAUAUGAAUUUAGUCGCACGAAUUGGCUCUGAAUUCAAUAGAGUGCCCACAGAAGAGGACCUAAGGAUGGCCUUUCAACAAGGCUAUGGAGUCGUGGCUGAACGCUUAAGACUCUUAUCUGGGCAAGCAAAAGCUUUCACUGCAUCUGACACGCAGGCAAGCAAUGAUAAUAUUGCACAUGAUAUUGGAAUGCAGCGUGUUGAGGGUGGAACACAACCUGGAAAUGAAGGUCAUGAUGUGCAUCCCGAGCAUGUAGAGCGUGAUCAACAUGUUGAGCAUGAUCAGGCUAGACAAGAUCAAGAACAUGAUGUGGCCCUAUCAGAGGAUGUAGAGCGUGAUCAACAUGUUGAGCAUGAUCAAGCUAUACACGAUCAAGAACAUGAUGUGGCACCAUCAGAACCCCCCUUGCAGCGGCCUCCACGUCGUGAGUACAUGACUAGGCAUAGAUUAAGAUUAUGUGCAGAGGGUAGAACAACUGAAGGGGGACAAAUGAUAUAGAAAAUGAUACUCCACUUCUUUAUUUAGUUGCAAAAAAGAAAAGAAAAAAAGUGAUUGUAAUCAUAUUUUUGACAACCAUAUUUUUGAUGAUAUGUAAAAAUAGAAUGAAUGAAUGUUAUAUGUUAAUGAUUGAAUGUGAAUAUGUUAAUGAAUGAAUGAAUGUUAUAUGUUAUUAAUGGAUGGAUGAAUGAAUGCUAUAUGUUAUUAAUGGAUGAAUGAAUGAUUAAUGUUAUAUGAUCGGGUAUGGGGAAUUGAGAGUGAUGU